AUGGAACACAUCAACUUUGAUAUUGUCUAUACUACUUAUGAUGCAUUCAAUUCUGAAAGUGACCUAGUACACACUCAAAGAGAUAAUGUUAGGAUGACAUUGUUGGCAUGCUUGGUCUUGGAGGUGAUGUCGUUGGCAUGUUUGUUGGGAACUCUGGCCAGCUUUGUGGUGUACCUUGGAUUGAAGCGCGAGGCCGCUAGGAAGGCACUCAAUGUGUUCUCAGUGCUGCUGGCAGUAUUCCAGGCAAGCGUCGUGUUUGUAUUCCUCACAUUCACAGCCAACCUCAAGAAGGACAACUACCGCGGAUGUCACGGUCGCUUCUUCUGUGACUCAUUCAUUGGCGAGAACACCUAUCUCAAGUGGGGUGCCAAGUCUGGCUAUUGGUGCGCCAUCGCCAGCUUCUUUGUGUCGCUGGUCAAUGUGUUGUUCAACUACCUGCUGCACGCCACCGCUCGCCAGAUCCAGCGCACCAGCAAGCAACAACAUCUGCAGCAGCAGACCAAGCAGCCGGCCAUCGAGGUGACGCUGCCCGAUCGCUCGGCCACCAUCGUGUUGCCAUCCAACUUUGAGAUCAAUCCAAACCUGCUCUAUAGGUUCAACGAGUCCACAGACAAGACAUCAAUCAGACAAUAUGUUCUGCAAGCUGCCACUACAACAUCGAUGAAUGUCAACUCUGCCAUUGUUGUCUAA